UCUUACUGCCGGUUACUUGACGCGGCGGUUAAAGCUGAGCUGGCUGUUCCUAUCGACGACUUUCUCUGAGUGGGAGCAGUUGCUGUAGCCAGGAAGGUUUCUUCACACCGAGUGGAAAGCGACCCGUGUCAGUCUGCUGUCCACAUUUCACACCAGUCGAGUUUAACUUUUUAAUAAAAAAGGAGUUCCAGCUCUGUGAAUCCGACGCCAUGGACCCCGCCAGCCAAGAUAUCAACCUGAACUCUCCUAACAAGGGCCUUGGAGUCGAUCGUUCAGACAGCCUGUCAGAUGUGCCGGUGGAGGGAGCAGUGGGGAACUCGGCCAACCCUCUUCCCCCGGGCCUGACGGAGGAGGAGGCUGAGGAGCUCCGCACUGAGCUCACCAAGGUGGAGGAGGAGAUCAACACCCUGCGUCAGGUUUUGUCAGCCAAAGAGAGACAUGCCACAGAGCUGAAAAGGAAACUCGGCCUCAGCCCACUCAUCGAACUCAGACAGAACCUCACCAAGAGCUGGCAAGACGUACAAACCUCCAAUGCAUAUCUGUCUGCCUCAGCCACUUUGGAUGACAUUACCCGCUCUGAAGCAUACAAGAAGACUCAGGAGACUCUUUCCCAGGCAGGACAGAAGACGAGCGCAGCUCUCACCACAGUAGGCACGGCCAUUACCAGGAGGCUGGGCGACAUGAGGAACUCCGCAACCUUCAAGUCAUUUGAGGAUAAAAUGGGGAACCUGAAGUAUAAAGUCGUCGGCCCCAGAGGGAACGGAGAUGCCGCCAGCUCUCCCACUGACACCACCCCCACUCAGGAGAACCCACCUUUCUGAAUGCACCCCUCCUCCUCCUCCUC